CUCCACUGUCCUUCGUCCUGAGUUUCGGUCUCGGUUUCGUUCAGGUCUCGUGUUACAGGUUCUGCUAUUGUAUUAGCCAUGUCUGCAAAAGUUUAUGUUGGCAAUUUGAGUUGGAACACGACGGAUGACACGCUUCGCCAAGCAUUUUCCGAAUUCGGCCAGGUUCUUGAUUCCAUCGUCAUGCGCGACCGCGAUACUGGUCGGUCCCGUGGAUUUGGAUUUGUGACGUUCAGCUCCGGCCAGGAGGCCGAUGCUGCGAUCGGUGGUUUGAAUGAACAGGAACUUGAUGGGCGACGCAUCAAGGUCAACCUUGCUAACGCCAGGGGUGGAGGCGGAGGUGGUGGAGGAGGAUACUCUGGUGGUGGCGGAGGUGGCUAUGGCGGAGGUUCAGGAGGCGGCUACUCUGGCGGCGGCGGCUAUGGCGGGCAAAGCGGUGGAUAUGGACAACAAGGCGGCGGCGGCGGCUAUGGGGGCCAACAGGGUGGCUACAGUCAAGGCGGAUACGGCGGUUAUCAAGGUGGAGGAGGAGGCGGCGGGUAUUAGGCGCCUUUGGCUUUAGCUUGACAGUGUCUUCUUUUUUGCUGUGUACUUGUAUCGAUCGUCAAUCUUGAACGUCACGUGCAUUCAUAAACAAAUGAAAAUAUGGACCUACAA